AGGAAAUACCCGUUCAUAAAACAUCAUGUCUCUGCAGUUUCUAGUGUUACUUGAAAAGUUUAAAAUAUGCUCAAAUCCACUGAUAAACUUUAUGAACUUCUAUACGGUCUCCUCUCAAUACGGUAGAAAAGUGUAUGAUGUUCCGUACGCGGAAAACAUAAAGCUUGAAAUUUGGAAACUCUGAGUGGGAGUGUAACGACAGGUCGAUUUCAAAAUUAUUCAGAAACUGGAAAAGUUUUUUCAGAACCGAAGUAUACCCUUCGCUCCAGUAUAAUAUUUAAGGAAGACGGAAUUUUCUACCAUAUGAGUAAAAGACAAAUAUAUAUUUGAAUUUAUAAGGGCAUCGAAAAUCAAUGAGAAAGUUUCAUGCUACUUAAGUGGUCAUAUUUACCGAGUGUAAUUUUUUCUGGCGGCCAAAAACAAGUUCGUUCAAAGCUGGCAUCCUGAAGUAACUGAAUUAUCAUGGGAUUGAGCUGCACGGUGAUCGAUAUAACAACCCUACGCAUUUCAGAAUUUCGAUCACCACUUCAUGAGUCAGCACAUCUACUCUACACAUUAGAUCAGAAGUAAUUCGUCUUCUUUGUUAAAAAGGAGGUCGAGGCGUAAACUGUCCGCAGUUACUUCUUGUACAUGUUGUGCAACGUGCGCCUCCAGCUGAAGGUCCUUAUAAGACCUUUGACAAUGCAUUCCUGACACAUUUGAAAGUUGCAAAGAUCAACGGCGAUAGUGACGGUGGUGGUGGUGGUGGUGGUGGUGGUGGUGGUGGUGGUGGUGGUGGUGGUGGUGGUGGUGGUGGUGUUUAG